AAAUUGUCAUACCAAUUUACGUUUUCAAUGAAUUAAUCGAAUGUGGAUAUUUGUGGAUAUAAAAUCCUUAGUAAUUAUUGAGCAUCAUUUUUGAAGUUUACAAAAAAAAAUCCUUUGAAAUCGAACUUUAACAUAUCAAUUUUUCUAUGCCAGGGGGCGAGGGAACAUUUGAAUGACCUUUUAUGCAUAUUUUGAUACUUUUUUAAAAUUUUACUUUAAGUUACGUUGUAACAGACAAAAUUGAAUUUUAUGACAUGUUUUAUUUCGAAAAGGACAGAACAUUUUUAUUUGGUUCAAUGUUACCUAUUUGAACAUCUACAUCUUUAUACAUUUUGCACAUCCUUUUUUUCAACCACACGUUUAAAUUUUAAAAGUGUAAAUUAGGAGAACAUUUUAAUGCUACCUAUUUUAUUUUAUACGUUUUUAUUCACAUUUUUAAGCACGCGUUCACAUUUCAUUAGUUGAAUUACAAAAUAAAAUAAAUAAAAAUAAUUUUGCUAAGUGCUUGGGAAGGAGACAUUUUGCAGUGAUUUUUUGUUACCUUUUUCAAAAUAAAGUUUUUUGUGUGUUUUUCAAAUUCCAUCUAUUAGAUAUUUAUAUUUCAGUCGGUACAUUACAUUUUUUUUAAAUAUAAAGUGUAGAGGAGAGACAUUUUGAUGUGGUUUUAUUUUACUUAUUUUUAAGACACACAUUUUGGUAUUUUCGAAAUGCUAUUUUACUAUAUACGUUUACAUUUGAGUCGAGAGGGGAGAGAACAUUUUAAUGCGGUUUUAUGCAUACAUUGAUACAUUUUUAUUCACAAAAAUGUAAAAAUAUUAGGCACAUUAUAAUUUGUUUUAAUAUUAAGUCAAGAGGUGAGACAUUUUGAUGAGAUUGUAUGUUAUUUAUUUUUAAAGGACAUUUUUGUGUGUUUUUCAACUGCACGUUCACAUUUGAUCAGGCACUUUAAAAAUAUAUAUAUUUUUAAAUGUCCGAAGUCAAUAGGACGGAGAAGAAUUGGAUGUGGUAUAAUAUUACCUAUUUUAAUAUAUAUAUUUUUGUGGGUUAUUGAAAUUCCUUUAUUUUAAACCACACGGUCGCAUUGGAGUAGGUAAAUUAGAAAAAAAUUAAAAAUAUAAUUUUCCUGAGCCAAGAGGAGAGAAACAUUCUGUGCUACUUAUAGGAAAAUAUACAUUACUGUUAAAAAAUACUGGGAAAAAAAAUUCAGAAGAGAGUGACCAUUUUGAUAUUCAUACAUUUUUUAAAAAGCAAGAGUUUACAUUAGAUUUUUUUUAAUCUUAAGGCAAGGAGAGAGAAACAUGACAUGAUCUCAUGUUACUUAUUUUGAAACAUAUUUUAGCGUGUCUUUGACAUGAUACUUUUUUUUCGUACCCAAGUACUUAUUAAAAAAAUCAUAAGUCAGGAGAACUUUUUGAUAUUUUUGAAGGUUUCCUAUUUUAAUAUAUAUAUUUUUGUGGGUUAUUCAAAUUCUUUUAUUUUAAACCGCACGGUCCCAUUUGAAUAGGUAAAUUAGAAAAAAAAUUAAAAUAUAAUUUUUCUAAGCCAAGAGGAGAGAAACAUUGAGUGUUACCUAUUAGAAAAUAUACAUUACAGUUAAAAAAAAUCUAAGUGAAUAGGUAAGAAACAUAUUUUUUGUGUUUUUGAAAGUCUGUUUUUUCCAGCACACGUUCUCCUAUAAACAAAUUUUUAAAAUUUCAGACGAGAGUGAACAUUUUGAUAUUUACGCAUUUUUAAAAAAUCAAGAGUUUACAUUGGAUUUUUUUUUAAAUCCUAAGGCAAGUGGAGAGAAACAUGAUAUGAUCUUAUGUUGUUUAUGUGUUUAUGUGUGUUUGACAAGAUACUUUUUUCGACCCCAAGUACUUAUUAAAAAAAUCAUGUCAGGAGAACUUUUUGAUACUUUUGAAGGUUGCCUAUUUUAAUAUAUAUAUUUUUGUGGGUUAUUGAAAUUCCUUUAUUUUAAACCACACGGUCGCAUUGGAGUAGGUAAAUUAGAAAAAAAUUAAAAAUAUAAUUUUCCUGAGCCAAGAGGAGAGAAACAUUGUGUGUUGCCCAUAGAAAAAUAUACAUUACAGUUAAAAAAUACUAAGUGAAUAGGAAAGAAAGAUAUUUUUCGUGUUUCUGAAAUUCUCUUUUUUCCAACACACGUUCAUCUAAAAAUAAAUUUUUAAAAUUUCAGAAGAGAGUGAACAUUUUGAUAUUCAUACAUUUUUAAAAAAUCAAUCAAUAGAUUUUUUUUAAUCAUAAGGCCAGGGGAGAGAAACAUGAUAUGAUUUUAUUUUACUUGUUUUAAAACACAUUUUUGCGUGUUUUUGAUAUAAUACUUUUUUUUCGACCCCAAAUACUUAUUAAAAAAAUCAUAAGUCAAGAGAACUCUUUGAUAUUUUUUAAGGUUGGCUAUUUUAAUAUAAUUUCUGAGAGUUUUUUUUUGGGUAAUAGCAUGUUGACACCGAGGUGCGAAAAGUAUGCUUCGAAAAUUCGACGAGAAAAAAAAACACCCGUUGCCAACUUACCUACCCGAUCCCCUCCCGAAAAUAUCAAUCGCCCUUACGUUAGAUCCUUAACGAAAUAACAAAGGUAUAGAAUUUCUAAAUAUAUUUGGCCAAUAUUUCGCUGAGUUUUUGGUGGACACGCCUUUGCCCGGCUGCGAUUGGCUACCGCACGAAAAACGCGUUUCACCCUAAUACUAACGUGCGUUUGAAACGCGAGUCGCCUGCUAUGCGUUCGCGGGGUAACAUUAAGUAAAGCGUGAGACUGGAAACUGAGCUUCGACAGUCGCUUUAGUUGGCGGGCGAUACGAGGUUUACCAGUCAAAGCGCUCUGACAGCUCGAGGUGUGCGGACGUAUACACAAUCUGCUCCGAGGUUUUUAGAGUGCGCGUUUGUUAUCCUCACACACGCGUGUUCGAACUUGUGCGAGACCAGUGUUCCGAGACGACCAAUUUAUCAUUCUGUGAUUUUCGAGUUUCAAUUUCUUUUUUUUUUUUUGAAAUAAUUGAAAAUUUAAAAUGGCAGUGCCGUUUCACAUACCCGAAGACCAAAACGAAGUGGAAGUGAUCCUGAUCCAACUUCAGACUCUUCUGAACAGACUCCAGAUCGCGGUACGGCAAAAUAGACAGUCGUCGACGCCAUCGACGCCGUCGACCGCUAACAGAGCUCGUAUCGCGACCCCGAACAGAGUACGAGUUCGUGAUCCAUCAUCAGGUGCGUCGACUUCUACUGCCCCGAACGCACCCCACAACUUACUGCCCGAUCUCCUAAACAAUCUCGCCCGACUGGCAUCAGCCAACGGUAACGUUGCCUCUUUAACUGCCAUACCCGCAAACGCAAACCGAUCUCUAAGAAGAAGAACGAAUUCGGAAUCGUCAAAUUGCGACGAAACCAAGAUCUCCAUUACGGCCAUUGUUAAACACGGUCACAUCCAAGACUGGAAUCAGGUUGGUGUUACACUGAGAAAAAUUGCAGACGACUUCGCGACGACUAUAUUAACCCAGGUUGACGUGAUUGAACGGAAAAACCUGGAAUCGGAGAGCAUCUUGUCCAAAUUAAUGCCGACAGUGUCAUCGUGCUCGCUGAUGACCGCCAUGAUAUGUUUUGUAGGCUGGCACAUAUUUCGAUAAAGCUUUUGUGAGACGAAUCAAAAUUUCGUAAGGCACACUUGCACACAUUAAUCCAAAGCCUAAGUGAUCGAAACAUUAAAUAGUUUAGAAUUUUCGCAUCAUAUAUUACGUUUUUUUGCUUUUAUGUUGUUUUCUUUAUAUAUUAUACUUUCGGUAUGUUCUUAUUUCAAUAUUAUAGUAUUCUAUAACAUAAAUAUACUGAGUGUUAGGUGUACAUUAGGGGGUUCAUAGUAAAUAAAUACUUUCCAAGUAAUAACACUGGUGAUUGCAUGCAGCUCUUAGAGCAAGUUUAUUCCUUGGAAACUGUUUCUCUUUUCUAAUAAUAAUGAUGUACGCAGGUCAUUUGUGCAAAUAAUUGCGUUGGUUCCAAAGAAAGAAAAAUAAAUCAAAGCGUUUGAUCUCAUUCGGUUAGGCCCGAGCCGAAUUUAAAGGCUGGUCCACACUCAGGAAUUUUGUAUUGUAUUUAAGUGAAAUUUUUGUUCGCUUCAUCUCACUGUAUUUGGCUUCGGUAAAACGGCGAGACGCAAAUUGCUUUUUUGACUGAAAUUGAUCUAUUUUAACCAUCGAUUCUGGUUUGUCUUAGCGAGAUCAGGCUAAUCUAGAAGAAAAACACUUAGUGGGAGUCGGAUAUUGAGGUUGUAGAUAAAAGUUCACGUUUUACCGAAGUAGUUGUAAAUUACCUGUAUAUAAAUGAUUUUUUGUCCAAAAGUUAGAUUCAGCAGAGCCAAAGAAAGACGUGACAAGUGCCAAAUCGGCCGUUCUUUUGUGUAGUUUAGAUGGAGCUCUUUGUCCAAUCACUGUAGAAGUUCGCUUUUGCUAACGAUGAGUCUGACUGUUUGUAAUAUGUAUAAGAAAAAUGGGAAACGGCGAAGUUUUUUGGGACUUUAGCUGCCCCAUAAAGGUUUUCAAAUGAUCUCCGUAGUUAGAUGAAGAGGUGCAGCCAGAGGGCUGGACGAGUUUGACAGCUCGCACCUUUUAGGAUGAUUUAAAAAACAUGUACAAUUGAAACAGACGCAAGUGUCAAUUAAGUCGUCACUUUAACAACGCAGAUAAUUGUUAGCCGCGCGUGUAACAUUUUUAAACCAUCCUGUCAAUUUGUACAUAGUUCGAGGCUGGGUCUAAUUAAAUUUUGACCAAUAGGCUAUUUGGCAGUCACAACUUUUCUUAUUAACCAAAAACAUUCCUGAAUGGCUAAAUGUCUGAUCGCGUUGAUGUCUUUUAUUAUAAAAUUUCUUGACGUAUUUUUACACAGCGGUAUUCAUCGUUAAUCGUAACGUAACCGUCUUAAAUUUUAAACCAACUUGGUCCCCUAAAAUUGUCGUUCGAUGUUCCUUAUAACGUCACUGAAGAAAUAUGUUUUAGUAGAUGACAGGGAUACUGCUAAAUUAUCCAAUAUCGUUUCCAUAAGCCUGUCAAAUAGCCUAAUUGUUAUUGAGGGACCCGACCUUCAAACAUGCAUGUUAUAUAGCUUUCUAUACUUUUUUAGUGAUAUUAAGACACGUAUAUAAAAUGCUGAUAUUUUUAAAAAAUAAAGCAAUUAUAUUUUAAGUUUUAGUAAUAGUAUUUUUUAAGAUUGUAGCUCUUCAAAGCGCUCUGUGAUCGAAGCCCAAAUGGCAAAUUUUAAAUGUAAAGGGGACUACCAAAAUCUUUUGGAACCUUUACAUAAUCUCCUGUUUCCAUUGAUCUCUGAAACAUUUUUUAACAGAAUGUUUAUUUUGUUUGUAGUUUAUGCCCCUAGUCAGUAUAGUCGUUGUUUUUAUAGGGUUGGCUAGGUUCUCUUUAGUUCUAAAUGUAUUGGUGUGUUACUGUUUACUGAUUUUAUCAUAUAAUAUAGAUGUAUUUUUGCCAUUGCCAUAUGAUUUCAAGUGCUGCUGUAGAUGAUACAUGUUUAUAAUAUUACCCGUACAGUUUUCGUUUCUUGGUCUGUCCUCGAAAAAAAGAAUAUUUUUGAAAUGCGCUCGUUUUGACAUUUGACAAUCUAUUGUUAAAAUGAGCGUGCGUCAAAAAGCAAAUGGAAGAAUAUUUACCUGACAUGGACCAACGUUCUGAUCAUCCAGGCUCGUGAUAUUUAUGCCAGAGGUGAUCUUUAUAACCAAUUCAGUUUUAAGGGUUGCUUACAUAUUAUUUAAAAUAUAAUAAAUGUCAUACGUUUUAUACAUGUUUAUUACAUAUAUCUAUAUAAUAUAUUUUUGUGAUGUAUGGAAAAAAUACAAAAAUAAUUUCCUUUUGUUUUGUACGCUGCGUGUGGCCCAACAAUGUCGCGCGCGGCCGUGUUUUUGACCCGUACACACAUCUUCUACCAAUGUCUUUCACAUGUAACUUUUUCACUUUUAUAUACCUAGUUGAUUUGAAAUAUAUGUAAAC